CUCCCUCUCUCUCUCUCCCACUUCAGUAGCGAACCGCUCGGAUACGGAGAGGAAAGACUCAUAAGUACCUUCCUCUCCUCCAUUGUCUGUUCUUUUUUUUCCUCUCUCUCACUCUGUCUCUUCGCCUCUCUUUUUUCGCUCAGGAGGUGUUUGUUUCUUUCUCUGUCAGCCAGAAGGGAGCAGGAUGCGCUCCGUGACAACGCUCGGCCGUGACAGGAGAGGGGUGAACAUGAAAGAAGAGAGGAGAAACUGACCGAAAACAGAGAACCACCCCCCGCCGAGCAACCAAGCAGGAGAGGGGUAGACGGCAGAAGAGCAACAGCCAUGAGGGGCUCCAGCGAGGGCGCGGAGGGGGACUGAGGCGGUGCCACUGAGCGGCCAGCAGAGGGCGACUGCGCUCUCCGCUGCUGCGGGACCGGGCAGGGAACAUGAGCAUCACCGGUCAGCGGUCCUUCAACGUCCUGGCGGUGGUCUUCCUCCUGCUCUCCACGGCAGCCCUGUCCGCGCACUUCCGCGUGUGCGAGCCCUACUCCGACCACAAGGGGCGCUACCACUUCGGCUUCCACUGUCCCCGUCUCUCCGACAACAAGACCUACAUGUUCUGCUGCUUCCACAACAACACAGCCUUCAAGUACUGCUGCAAUGAGACCGAGUUCCAGACCGUCAUGCAGCUCAACCUGACCAGCCAAACAGACGGCUUACAACACAAUAACUACACUGCUCUGGUGGGAGUGUGGAUCUACGGUUUCUUCGUUAUGGUUCUGUUGGCUCUGGACUUCCUGUACUACUCGGCCAUGAACUAUGAGGUGUGCCGGGAGUACCUGGAGAGGUGGGGGCUGGGGGGGCGCUGGCUCAAACAGGCCCGAAGCCAGUGGAACAACCCCCCUCCAGAGGAAGAGGAGCCCUCCAUGCACCCUAUCGUCCUGGCCCACCACCCUCGACACAGCCUGAGGGGAGACACCCAGAGCCCCUCCCUAAUGUCCUUCCAUACCUCCACAGCCUGAACUAAGACGAAGUAAUACAGAAGAAGCAGGAAGUGGACAUGGGCUGGAGUACAGACACAAGACACAGCAGGAUAUGGGAGUGGCCUGGACUACAGAUACAACUGCAAGUGGGGCAUGGCCUGGACUACACACACACACAACAGGAAGUGGGGCAUGGCCUGGACUACAAAUGCACACAACAGAAAGUGGGGCGUGGCCUGGAAUACAAAUGCACACAACAGGAAGUGGGGCGUGGCCUGGACUACACACGUACACAACAGGAAGUGGGGCGUGGCCUGGACAAAAGGACACAGCGGGAAGUGAGUGCGGCUCAGACUACAAACAGUAGGAAGUGGGCGGGGCUUGGUGCUCUGGACACUACUCGUCUCUUUCUUCAGCACAUGCCACAUAAACACACUCACACGCGUGUGCCUGCUCACACAAACACACCGGUCAUUCUGAGCCCAACCUGGGUUCCAGGGUGACUCAUCUGGCCAGAACGACUGAUUUCUGGAGGGUCGACACCCACCCAGGAACAUUGGGGGAAACGGCUGCGUCCCAUACGGUUUUAAGGGGACACCAACUGCUGCUGCUCCACCAGUCCCACGGAAGCCAAAACCGCCCCCUCUCCCUCCCCCUCCCCGUUCCACGGUCAUGCUCCACGGCCCUUCGCCCUCUCCAAAAUCGUUUGUGGUGUUCCUCUGUACCCGUCAAUCACCACCGAGAGAAGGGGGCUGUGGUAAGAGACUCCUCUGUGAACACCCUCUGGAUGUAUCCGUGUAGAUCGCACUGCUGUUUGGCCGGGUCUAGACGCAGUGGCAAUUAGAGUUAGAGCUAGGGUUAUUUAUUGGUCUGUUAGUAAUGUGAACUUGUCAGGGAAUCACAUGAUAAUUGUAAACGAGUAAUGAAUCAAGUGGGCUACAUCAACAGGGAAUUAGAUUAAACGAGCCCAUUUUACUUUCCUCCUUAAAAUGCCUACAAACCUCUUCUCCCCUCUUUCCUUCCUCUGGGGUUGGGGGUUGAGAGUUAUUGGUUCUUUAGUUUUUCUUUUAUCAAAUGCAGAUGUCUGAAGUAUAUUAUAAGCAAUUUUCCAACUGGUUGUUGUGGUCUUGAAAAAUUAAAACAACUAGGCUGGAUUUGGUACUUCACGUUCACUAAAAACCUUGGAAUAAAAAUUCAAUACAUUGCAAGUUGAAAAAUUUAGGUGUGAUCUUGCGACAAAAACUGAGUUUGUAAUAACGCAGGCAGGAACAGAUCCAGGAUUGUUAUUUUUUUGUGGGAGUUUUCACACAAAAUAUUCUCCUCCCACGCAAGCAAACACAGUGACAAUGAUGUUUCAUCAGGUUUGUUCGAACACAAUGUGAAUUCAACACGGCUGAAUAAACUGUCCAAACUAUUCUCAGUAGAUCCAUAAGAGAUAUUAAAAGAAAACACGUCUUGGUUUGUUUUUCUGAAUUAGGAGCUGAAGUCCAAAGGAGCAGUAAAGCCGUGACUAUCAAUCUCAAUUUCAGAGACUUCACCUGAGGCUAUAUUACUGCUGACUUCACUCCUUCCAACUGUCAGUCAUUCUUCACAUUCUCUGAAAAACUCUGGAGUUUAAACUCCAAAAACCUUCUAGAGUUUUGUGUUUCUUUUUUCAUUCCUGAUUGCAUCACUGUAAUAAUUCUAUUAUUUUGUGAAAGGUAAAAAGCCAAUGUGUGCUUCUGACCCUAUUUAAGUGAAAUGAGUUUAAACUACUGACCUUGUGGAUUAAUAAUGUGUAGCUUAAGCAGGCUGGAUAGUAGUUUAUAGCUGCAGUAACAUCCUUUGUGAAGAGGUCACAGUGACCUUCAUUAUCUUUCGCUGCCAUUUUAUAAAGCCAUCACUGAAAACUACAGCGGGGCAAAGGGGGGUGGAAGUGAUUACAUAAAACUUAUGGCUGUAACACUGUAGCUUUUAUGUAUAUCAUAGGAGUCAUUUAAUUUUGAAUAAUUACACAUUGCAGUACUGGGCUGUAGAGUUUUAAUCUGACGAACCGUUGUAACGGCAGGUGAAGAUUUUGUGAAAUAUGUGGGAGAGAUCAACAGACAGACGUUUAACGUUGUCAUAACGACCGCGUCAGCAAUAAUGUGCAGUGUUCCGGUAAUUCCAGCCGCCUAAAGUGGCUGCAUUGUAAAUGUCAAGGAAGAUGAAAAACUACCAACCAUUAUCGCAGCACGGCCGAGACUGUAAGCUGAAUCUGCCUAUUCAUUCCGGAUAGACUUUUUCAAAAACAAACUUCUAAAGUUCGUUUUUUAAAACUAUGCGGAGAAGGGGAAAGUGUGAAUCUUUUUUGCUUUCCCUUCCGUCUCAGCUGCAGAUAACGGCUUUUUUCCCCAUGAAGGAUAAUUACAAUGAUGAACUAUAAAUCGCUUGUUAGCAUCCACAUCAGAGAAUCGCAGUUUUAUUGUUGUAUGCACCUGUCAAUCAACACAAGGUACAUACAGUGCACAGCUGCGAGUGCUUUAGACACAUUCUUCUUGUGGAGACAAGUUCUAAAAAUUAUUCUGAGAAAUCCAAACAACUGCUAACUUUAUCAUUAUAGAUUAUAUUUAUAUUUAAAGUUAUUGUUGCGCAGACACACCAAUUCAUUUUAACUUAUUUUUAAAAAUAUUUUUGUAGUUAUUAUUUUCAGAGAUCAGUUGUGACUCUCCAGGUCUAGGGCAAGCCAUCCCUGCUUCAAUGCACUGUUAAUGUCGAAAUAUAUUUAUUUCUGGGGAACAAAAAAAGAAACGUAUCACAGGAUGUUACACAAUUAAAAGGAUUACAAUAACAGAACAGUCAUUUCCCCAAACACAAGAUCUGA